AUGAGAGGACAACAUGAUAUAUAUGUAGAAGAGAACCCGUAUAUUUAUAAACACAAGUUUCAAUCUAUUUUCCAGUUAUCAUCACAUCCAAUUGCGCUUUUUUUUUUUUUUCUUUUUCGUUUUCUGGCUAUUUUGACUUAUCUUUUUGGGUUUUUGAUUUUUCAUGAUUUUAUCUUAAUAUUUAUUUUGAUUAUUAUUUUUUUAGCUUUUGAUUUUUGGACAGUUAAAAAUGUUUCUGGAAGGCUUUUGGUUGGAUUGCGAUGGUGGAAUGAGACAAAUUCUGAAGGUGAAAGUAUAUGGAUUUUUGAAAGUGCUGAUCCACAGAAUAAACAGAAUGUUACUGAUUCUAGGAUUUUUUGGUUUAUCCUAUACUUAGUGCCUGUUAUUUGGGCUGUUUUCGGAAUUAUUGCUUUUUUAAAGUUUAAUUUUUUAUGGCUAAUUGUUAUUAUCAUUGCUCUUCUUUUAAGUGGUGGGAACGCACUGGCAUUUACUAGGAAUGAAGAAAUAAGGAUUUGUUUAUUAUGUUUUUAAUAAUUUAUAGAUGUAAUAAGGACCAAAAAAA